UUCCCCUUUUCGUGACACAACUCUUAUAAUCCUCAGUAAUAUCGUAUUAUUGGACGUAGCUAAAUAAUUCAAAACAAACACCAGAGAAAAUGAAUCAGUUCCGGUUACGCGAACGUGGACCAUAUGGUGAAUUGGGGAGGAUGGCAUUUCACAUUUAUUCAAAGUAAUCGGCAUUGCCUGCUAGAUAGUAGCGAGUUAAUUCAUUAUCGUUUAACAAACAAAACAACUGCACAUCAGUUAAAUCAAAAGAACUCGACCUAGUUCAACAUAUGGCAAUUGCGGGAUGCCAUCAAGCAAAAGCCCUUCAUGUGCGCAAGGUGAUGUGGGGGCACGCGGCUCACCUGUCCGCAAGGGCGGGAGGAACAGGGUCUGGACGAGCACGGCGCGUUUGGGAGUACAGGCACUGCGCUGUCAAGUCAGGAACUGUUUAUCCCUACUCCUCCUCCUCCUCACCAUCCUCCUCUUCACAAUCUCCCUCAACUCGAAAGCAACUACAGAGGGACCGGCGCCAGAGAGAGAAGGAGAACUCAAUUUUGAACAGCAAGCACACUAAUGUGGAAGAUGAAGGAAUGCGGUGGCGGGAGAAAGAGAAGAUAGUUUACUCUGCUCCGACCUCGCCGGGGGAGAAGAAAGACACCUCCCUGCCUUUCCCCCCCUCCUACAGCCCCCAGUUUGUGGAGUCCAGCUGGUACCAGUGGUGGGAGAAGGAGGGGCUCUUUACACCUGAGUAUCAGGACAGACUCCCACAUGCAGUGAAUCGGCCCUUUGCGCUGUGUAUCCCUCCGCCCAAUGUGACCGGCACUCUUCACCUUGGCCACGCCCUCACUGUUGCCAUACAAGAUGCCAUAGUCCGCUGGCGGAGGAUGCUGGGAUACAGAGUGCUGUGGGUGCCAGGGUGUGAUCACGCCGGCAUCGCCACGCAGGCCGUGGUGGAGAGGAAGCUCCUGAAGGAUCAUGGGAGAUGUAGGCAAGACUACAGCAGGGAAGAGUUUCUGCAGGAGGUGUGGAAGUGGAAGAAUGAAAAAGGAGAUGAGAUUUAUCACCAGCUGAAGAUGCUGGGAGCCUCACUGGACUGGAGCCGGGCCUGCUUCACCAUGGACCCGGGCUUCAGCCGCUCUGUGACGGAGGCGUUUGUGCGGCUGGGUGACUCCGGGCUGAUCCAGCGCUCUGAGGCGCUGGUGAACUGGAGCUGUGCUCUGGGGUCGGCCAUCUCAGACAUCGAGGUGGACACAGUGGAGCUGUCCGGACGAACUCUCCGGUCUGUACCAGGGUAUGAAAACAAUGUGGAGUUUGGGACGUUGGUCACCUUCGCCUAUCCCAUAGAGGGACAGGGAGGGGAGGUGUCGGUCUCCACCACGCGACCGGAGACCAUGUUGGGGGACGUGGCCAUCGCUGUGCACCCUGAUGACCCCAGAUACCAGUCACUCCAUCAUAAGGAGUGCAGGCACCCGUUCACUGACAGGCUGCUGCCGAUCCUGCCUGACCCGCUGGUUAACAUGGAGCUGGGUACAGGGGCAGUAAAGGUGACCCCGGCCCACGACCACACUGACUUCCUGCUGUCCCAGAAGCACUCCCUCCCCCGGGUCACUGUGAUUGGAGGAGACGGGAGAAUGACAGCCCUCUGCGGCCAGUGGCUGGAGGGUGUGAAGCGAUUUGAUGCCAGGGAACGAGUGAUCAGCGCUCUGAUGGAGAGAGAGAUGUUCAGAGGAAAGAUGGAUCACUCCAUGAUUCUGCCUGUCUGCAGUCGUUCUGGAGAUGUGAUUGAGCCCCUUUUGAAGAAGCAGUGGUUUGUGCGCUGUGAAGAAAUGGCUACAAGAGCCAUGCAGGCUGUGGAUGACGGUGAGCUGGAGAUCAUGCCUCACUUCUACAAGAAGACCUGGAGGAACUGGCUGUCCAACAUCAGUGAUUGGUGCAUUUCCAGGCAGCUGUGGUGGGGUCACCAGAUCCCAGCCUAUCAGGUGGCUCUCCCUGGGGAAGCAGAGUCUGAAGAGGAGCGCUGGGUGUGGGGGCGUGAUGAGGCAGAGGCCAGGCAGAGGGCAGCAGUGAGGUUUGGGGUGAACCCAGACUCUGUGACUCUGACUCGAGACCCUGACGUGUUGGAUACCUGGUUCUCCUCUGCGCUCUUCCCGUUUGCCAUGCUGGGCUGGCCAGAGCAGACCUCCGACCUGCAGCAGUUCUAUCCCAACAGCCUCCUGGAGACAGGAAGUGACCUCAUCUUCUUCUGGGUGGCCAGGAUGGUGAUGCUGGGUACGGAACUGACUGGACAGCUGCCCUUCAGACAGGUGCUCUUGCACUCUCUGGUCAGAGAUAAGCACGGGAGGAAGAUGAGUAAAUCUCUGGGAAACGUCAUCGACCCAUUGGAUGUCAUGUCAGGAAUUUCCCUGCAGAGGCUCCUGGAAAAGGUGAAGGAGGGGAACCUGGACCCUAGAGAAACCAGCGUUGCCAUGGAAGCACAGAGGAGAGACUUCCCCAGAGGAAUCCCGGAGUGUGGAACUGAUGCCCUGCGUUUCGCUCUCUGCUCUUACAAGCUCCAGGGUGAGGACAUCAGUCUGUCCGUGUCCCAGGUGCUGAGCUCCAGACACUUCUGUAAUAAGAUGUGGCAGACCCUGCGCUUCACCCUGUCUGUGCUGGGCUCCCACGGCCCCGCCCCAGGCACCCUGGCCGAGACGACCCCUCUCAGCAGUAUAGACCGGUGGAUUUGCUCGCGGCUGAGGGGCACGGUGCUGCAGUGUGAGCGCGGCUUCCAGAGCUGCGACCUGCAGGCCGUCACCUCCGCCCUGCACUCCUUCUGGCUCCACGGCCUCUGUGACGUCUACCUGGAAUGCAUCAAGCCAGUGCUGGGUGAGCAGGAUGGGGCUCCAGGCCGCUGGUCUGACGCAGAGAGAGAGAGUGCUCGCGGCGUGCUCUUCCACUGCGUGUCUAUCUCGCUCGCCCUCUUCGCCCCCUUCAUGCCCUUCCUCACCGAGGAGCUGUGGCAGCGGCUGCAGGCUCACCGGCCGGCUGCGUCGGCUGCCCCGGCUGCCAGCCUGAGUGUUCAGCCCUACCCACAGCCCAGUCAGCUGGACCACUGGCACUUCCCCCAGGAGGAGGCCGACUUCUCCUUGGUACAGGAAGUGGUGAGGGUCACAAGGUCACUGCGGGCCCAGUGUCACCUGACAAAAGCCAGACCAGACUUGUGGGUCGUGUGCUCGCCCAGUCAGGCCCAGUCCCUCCUGAACUUCAGCUCAGCCGCUCGAACCCUGGGCCGGGUCUCCAGCCUUCACCUCCACUGCCCACCAGGGGCUGGACAGGGCCCUGAGGCUGCCUCCGCUCCACCACCGCCUGGAGGCUGCGCGGUGGGCGUGGUCGACCACACCUGUCAGCUACACCUGGACGUGCAGGGCAUUGUGAAUGUGGAUGGGCUGACUACCAGGCUCUCUCAGCACAGAGAGAAGGUUCUGACCCAGCUGGAGCAGUGUGUCUCUCGAACCCGAGUCCUGCACUACACAGAGAAGGUGCCGGAACGUGUCAGGCAGGAGACAGAGAAAAAGAUCUCAGCCUUAGAACAAGAGCUGACUAAUAUCCAGGACCAACUGCUGGCAUUACAGGGCUUAAGAAACAAACAAGACAGCUGAGAGUGAGGAUAGAGGAGAGGGGCCUGUACUUAUAAUCCAGCUCAUCAUGGGAUCAAGAUAAGCCCAAAAACAAAGCGUCACCUCCUUCAAACCUGCAUGGGACUGCGCUCAGCCUUACAAACCAGCAAAACGAUUUUCAGUCAGUCAUCUUACUUACAGUCAGACCCUGCUGCACAGUCGCACUGUCACUGACAGCAGUCGUCAACUCCACCCAUAGUUCGGUGGUAUGGGACACACUUCCUGUGAAAUAUUGUAAUGUACAGGUUUUAAUGGUCACUGUGGGCAUUUUGAUUUGAACAAAGUUUAUGUAUAAUAAAUGAUUCACACGUUG